UCAUUAAGGUACUGAAAUUUCAUUAAUUGAAAUCAUAGUUUUGUAAAAAUGAAUUAAUUUAAUUUAUACAUUUUUAAUUGAGUAAAAUGACUGAAAUUAUGAAUACGGCAGAUAAUAAUAAUAAUAUUAUAUUAUUUGACAUGGCUAAAAAUGAAAUGUUUGAUAUCAAUGAUAAUUUGAAAAUUUUAAGAAGGAAAUUGCAAGGAUCAUAUACAAUUGCCAUAUUUAAAACGAUUUGUAGAAAUAAACACGAGAUAACAGUGGAUKUCUUAAAUGGAGUACAGUUAGUUGUAUUUGGAGCUCCACGUGCUAUGUUUUCAGAAGCAGAAUUUAAUUGUCUUCAUAAAUAUAUUGAUCAAGGAGGAUCUGUAUUAGUUAUGUUUUCUGAAGGAKGAGAAAAAGAACUGCAUACCAACAUGAAUUAUUUAUUAGAGGAAUUUGGCAUAAUGGUGAAUAGUGACUAUGUAUUACGUACACACUAUUAUUUAUAUUUCCACCCAAAGGAAUGUCUAGUUAAGGAUGGUGUUGUUAAUGAUGCUGUGGCUAAAUAUUUGGACCGAGAAAAUGAAAACACAUCAAAAAAACUUGCAGUCAUUGGUUCUGGCCAUUUGCUAACAGACAAAUAUAUUAACUGGGAAGAAAAUGAUAAAAUCCGUGAAAUUUUGUUUGAUUUCUUGAUCACAGAUAAUAUAACUUUAAAUGAAAUUGAUGCUAAUGAUCCUGAGACUUCAGAUUAUAAAAUGGUACCAGAUAUUGGGAUGUUAUCAUCUCGUGUCCGCACUUGUCUCCAGCUUCAAGAAAGUUUGAACAACACGGGUCAUUUUUUAUUCUCAGCCGACAACAUAAAUUCCCUUAUAGAUACUAAAUUAUGUUCUUUAAAUACCACAAUGUUACCAGAUACAAUUGAAGCGUAUAAAACAUUAAAUGUUCCCCACAAUCAGUUACAACUUAUUCCUCCUACAUUCAAUGACACCUUACCUGCCUUGCAAUUUGCAGUGUAUCCACCUCCAUUUCAAGAAUUAUCAUCCCCAUUUUUAGAAUUAUUCGAUCUUGACAGUAUAUUUGGUUCUGAAAAAUCGUCAUUGGCAAAUUUGGCCAAGAGUUGCUUAGAAACACAAUCUAGCGAGAAAACAAUUGAAGAUAACAUUAAUCAAUUUAUUAUUGAUAUUAAUGACAAUUUAGAAAUAAUUGACCACAUUAAUGACUCUAAAAAAAUAAUACAAACAUGCACCUAG